GGCGACCCCAUCUGGCCCCUCCCCAGAAUGUGUCGCUGCUCUCCCGGAACUUCAGUGUGUAUCUGACCUGGCUCCCAGGCCCUGGCAACCCCCAGAACGUCACCUAUUCCGUGGCUUAUCAAAGAGCGUGCUCAGAGUCUUGGCGUCCUUCUCAGCUUGGCAGCCCAGGUAGCCACUGCUGCUGGGAGCACACCUGCCUUCUUGGCACAAAGGUGGGGAUUAUUUGAAGGUCUUUAGUAGCUCUUCAAACCCCAGACGGUGGCGGAAAGUGGGAAAGUGUCUGGGAAUCCAAGAGCUGGCGUGUUCUCUGAUGUGCCUGGAGAAACAAGACCUGUACAACAAGUUCAAGGGGCGUGUGCAGGCAGUAUCUCUCCACGCCAGGUCUCCCUGGGUAGAGUCUGAGUACCUGGAUUACCUUUUUGAAGUGGAGCCGGCCCCGCCCGCCCUGGUAGUCAUGCGGACAGAGGAGAUCUUGAGCAUCAGUGCCACAUACCAGCUACCCCUCUGCAUGCCUGCACCGGAUCUGAAGUACGAAGUGGAUUUCUGGAAGGAGGGGACUGGGAACAAGACCCGAUUUCCAGUCACUCCCCAUGACCAGCCAGUCCACAUCCCCCUCCAGCCAGCAGCCAGCGGACACCACUGCCUCAGCGCCAGAACCAUCUACACCUUUGGGAACCCUAAAUACAGCGAGUUCUCCAAGCCUACCUGCUUCUUCCUGGAGGCCCCAGGAGCCAGCUGGGCAUUCCUGGUGCUGCUACCACUUCUGGGGCUACUGCUGUUGGUCAUUGCCACCGGCCGUGUGAUCUGGAAGAGCUUCACAGGAAAUCCUUGGCUUCAGCGGGCAAAGACGCCACGGGCCCUGGACUUUUCUGGACACAGACACCCCGUGGCAACCUUUCAGCCCAGGGGCCCAGAGUCCCCAGAUGACCUGGUCCUCUGCCCGCAAAAGGAACUGACCAGAAGGGUCCCUCUGAGCCCUGGAGUCAGGGCCCCAGCCACCGUCCAGGCGGCAUCACAGGGCAGUGCUGAGGAGAAGGAUGAUGAGGCGGAUGCGGGCGGCAGCCUCAGCUUCCAGCCCUACAGUGAACCACCCCCCUUCCUCCGGCGGGUGCACCGGCUCCCCGGGCAUGCUGAGGCAGGGGGGCCCUGGGCUCCUCUGGUCCAGGUCAGAGGCUCCCCUGUUUGGGAUUCUUCAGGUGGAAGCUGGGCCAGCCCUGUGGGCUCCUCCCCCUGGGACGAGGCUGGGUCCUCUGCUUCUUUGGCCAAGAAGGGGCCGGGCCCAGGGCCAGGUGGGGACAGGUGUCAGGAGCAUCUCCCACUACCUCAAUUCUCUGAGGACUCGGAUUCCCUGAAAGAGCCCCCGAAAGACGACUUCUCCUGGACCAACUGGGACUCAUCACGGGAGCUGCAUCUGGACCCUGGGAAGCCCCCGGUUUCUCUUCAGACACUGAUCUUCUGGGACAGCUGCUCGGAGGAAGAGGAGGAAGAGGAAGAAGAGGGUGGGAGGGAAUCAGAAAUUGAGAAUAGCAGCACUGGCAGCUGCAGGGCCGGGAGUCUCCCAAGGACCGAGGUCAGAGGUGGGAUGCCAGGCUGUUACAUGGCCAGGUGAGCCUCCCCCAGCUGCCCCCGAGUCUGGUGCUGCUGAGCUUGCCAAGGACCCAAGAUGCUACUGAGACUUGAGAGCUGGGGGGGCCAUCCCUGGGCUGACCUGGCAGGGGAGGUCAUCCUGCACACUGCAGCAGCAGGGGGACCCCAGCUGGACGCUGUUUCUCAGUUGGGUUGAGCAGUAAGGGGCCACCCCAUCCCACGGCCUCAGCUUUGGGCUGAGCUCCAACAGUGGUAGAGACAAGGAUGGGCUGAGGUCAGAGACUGAGUGUCAGAUCACCCCACUGUCUCUGGGGUGACAGGCCAGUCAGAAAUCCCAUCCCUGGACAACAUGAAACAGGUGAGGUCAAUCACAGUGGGCCUCAAGGACUGACGCCACAGGGGCCAUCUCGAUUUGGGGGAGGGAAUGUGGGGGCCCAUCGCUGUCUGUCUCAUGCCCUUUCUCCAGCAUCCACCCAGCUGCCUCCUCCCCGGAGUCUCACCCUGCUGAUUCAUGAGCCCCUAAGGUGGGCCGCAGUAGAAAUUGUCUGUUAGCAGAGGGUGUUGGAGUGAAACGGAAAGGGUGGUUGUUGUUCAGAUCCCACUCUCUCAGUCAUGGAACUGCAUGGUUUUUAAUAUCAGACAGACCUGGGUUCAGAUCUCAGCUCUGCCAUUCACUGGCUGAGUGACUCUGGGUAAGCCUCCUUCCUUCCCCACCGCGGUUUGCUCAUCUGCAGCUACCACUGCGCUGUGGUGAGGGCUCCGAAAGAGAUGUGUGUACUCAGUGCCCUGCUCGUCACUGGCACUGUCCACACGAGGGCUGGGAGGAUUCUCCCUCCCCCAGGCUCCCCGAGGGCUGGGAGGAUUCUCCCUCCCCCAGGCUCCCCGGAGACCUCUGGGCCCCUGAGCUCAGAGCGCCUGGGAGUGUUCACUUGAUCAGCGUGCCUCACCUCUUGUCUACCUCCUGCCGUCCACCCUUCCUGCCCCCACCUCCUGGUCAGGAAACUAAGCUCUCAGAGGCACAAGUCACCAAGGGGGCUCCUGGUCUCUCCCUUUUCCCUACAAAGAAAGAAACAAAUGGCCCACCUUUCCAGGGGUCUGAUUUGUUGGUGGUAGAGUGCAGCCCAGCAGGGAACUGACACCUGGGCCUGUAGACCCUGUUUCAGACCUCACCUCAGACCCUUUUGUUGAUGACUGUGGUUGUAAAGAAGUCUCAUUUUCCUUCCAGCUAUCAGAAUCCAGUGUCCUCUGGAAAUAGGUGACUGUCUUACCUGGGGGUAGUGAUACGUGUUCUCAAACAAUUGUUUUGUUAACCUACACCUACCAGUAUAUGGAUGAGCAUAGCUGAGAUUUCAGCCAUAGGGACCAACUUUUUUAUGGUGUUGUGGCCAGGGAUCUGAACAAUCUUGGCUCUGAGACCUGGGACCUGCCAUUUAAUGUGCUGGGACUUAGAUUUCUGCAUUUGUAAAAAAAAGAGUCUUUGUAGCCACUUCACCCACAGAGGCUGUGUUGUUUUGGAGCCCUUAUGAGCAUAUAGCUUUAAAUGAAAGGUCUGGAAAAGCUUUCGAGGGCAUCUGGUCCAGGAGUUCUCAAACCAUGUUCCUAAAGGUCUUGGGCUUCGUGGGAGAAGUCUCAAUUGCAGGGGGAGCUGUGGGCUAUAGGAUCCCCCACGUCAGCCAGAGCUGCCUCGUUUUGCCCUGACUUAACACAGGUGGCCUUCCGUGGAGGUGGAACUGAGAGCAUUCCACUUUCAAGAAAAAGUUAGCAAACCACUUUUUAAAUUGAACACCUGUCUUGUUAAAAUGAAGAUGCUGAAAUGUUGACUUCUUAUAUAUAUCCCUAAGGGUGACAUCUUUGGUCUCUGGCUAGCUGGCCUUGGCCAUGUCAAUAAAAUGCCAAGGUCUUAGCAAGGAUUUCCCAGGGGCACCAUGCUGACUGGAGGCCUUCACCUCUGCCAGGAUGCAUUCACAUGCCUGCAUGCACCCAUGUGCAUCUCUACCUCACAGCCGCAUCACUGAGCACAGGAGGAAGCACAAACCACAGAGUGGGGAAGGCUGUGGCUCAGGGCAGGAUCCCAGGAAAAUACCCAGACCAUGGCUGAAGUUUUUUUCUAGGACCCAGGCAAGUUGCUUCAUGAAGGUAAUUUCAAAAAACUAAAAGCUAUCAUGUCUAUUGUCUUAGGCCUUAUUAUCUCUAAGUAUUUUUUUUUUCAGUGUUUAAUGUCUGAGAUAGGUUUAGUGAUUCUAAAUUCCAGCUCCUUUUUAGUCAUGAAGUCAUUAACAAAAAACCAUGGGAAGCAUUAGGAAGAGCAUUGUGACCCAUAUAUAAUGUGUCAGGUGUGCUCAGCACUUCACUGUUUACAAAGCCCCUUCCCCAUACACAGCAGCCUGGAACUGCAUAGCAUGAGCUCCAGGCCACGCUUGGAGCACGUAAGGUGAGGAAGGGACGAUGUCUCAGGUUAAAGCAACAUUAUAAAGAUUACAUAGUAUUCUUAGGUACUUGUAUUUAUUUCUAAUUUAGUCCUCUGUUUAUACCAUAUUUAAAUAAUUUCCUAAUGCUUGUUGGUAUCUAUCCUAAACUGUUUUAAAUAAAAAGUUCUACUUUUAGAGAAAAAGGCAGAAUUGAAUGGGAAUGCCUGUGCUCUUGUUUGUCAAAGGCUCCUCACACCCAUCUAGCUGUUAAGGCUACAAGGCUCUUGGGUUGGGUUCCCAGCAGCAGACCCAGAACCUGGGAUUUGGGAGUGUAAAGUGAAGGCAGUGAUUCCAGAAGGCACCCAUAGGGGAAGCGGGGAGUGACACAGGGAGGGAAGGCAGUCAGUCCAGGUACGUAAUCAAACAGGGCACUGCUUGGGCCACCGGGGCUCAGUCCCCCUUGGGGGGCUUUGGGAGUUAAGUGUGGGACCCUCCAGAUUUGUUCCCUGCCAGAGGAAGAAGUGGGGGCAUUUGUCCACCAGCCCUCAUCAGCCCUGGGUAGAUGUGCCCCACACAGAGGUACAUCCAUUUGAAAUCUAUCAAGCUGAGUGUGUGAGAAAAAUGAGUGUGUGUGUUGGGGGACGUGGGCUAGGACACCCACGUUGCCUGUUACAGUGAGGCCAGAGCUAUGCACACCACCCUGGAAGCUCCCCCUGUGGCAACGAAGGUCCAUGGAAGGUUACAGAACAUCCUCUGGGGCUGGCCUAGCAAACCCCAACUCAUUCCAGCAGAUCU